AUGAACAUAGAUUCGCCACUGCCUACACCUACUACUCUUCCGGCGUUGAUUGGUCAAAUUCAAUUGGAACCCGGUUUGAGCCCGGUUUGGGUUGGAAACCCUUGGGUCUUGGAUAAAAGUCGCGCAGCCGCUCCUCUUCUCUGGGUUUUUGUCGUUUUGUGGCGAUUUUGGAGAGGAGAAGAGAUUGAGGCGAUUUGGGGUGUUGAUCGAUCGAUUCGAGGCUGGUUCGUCGUGGUUGUGGAGCCUGCGUCGUCGUUGGUGGCUGCUGCGUCGUUGUUCUUCCUGUGCUUCAUCAGAUUCAUCUUCUUCAAUCUGUUUUUACCCUCUUUUCAACCUAGAAUCGAGGUGAGUGCAUGA